AUGCUCGACAAACCCAAAGACGCCAUGGGCGAGCUCCUCGACCUGUCUAUCCUCAAGUUCUUUGGCAACCUCGCCGUGGCGUGCGAGGAGGAAGAGCGCCGUGGAGGAAGCCACGAGGACGUGAUGAAGCGCAUGAGGAGCCUGCCGAAAGACAAGGAGUUUGAGCAGCGUGUUUUCGACACACACGCGCUCAAAAAUCAAUUUGGAUACGUCGAUGAGGAUAUCAGCCAGAAGGUCAGCAGCAUCCUCGGUGACGAUGAAGAACGACCAACAGCUGAUCUGACGCAGGACCAGAGACAACACGAACUCGACCAGUAUAGGCAGCUCCUCUUCUCUUCCUCCAACCCGGAUCCAGCAAACCCCCCAACACCCGGCUCCUUCGACUCGCUCACUCCCCAUAUCUGGUCGCGCAUUGUCAGCUUCCUCGUCCCGCCCAAGCCCAAGGCUCUCUCGGGGAUGACGAAGCGGGAGUACUCAUACCUCGCCAACCACCCAGAUGUCGACCUGAAGAAGAUGUACACCAACAUGCCGGACGAGGGGGAGCCGGGGACCAUUACUAGGCGGGAUAUCCGGGCGAAUGACCUGGCGGUGCUUAUGCGUGUCAGCAUCCCCUUCAAUUUCCACGCCGCCCGCUACCUCUACAAAGACGUCAUCUGCGACGACCUUCCCGGCCUCAUCUGCCACCUCGACUUCCCCCCGGUCCACCCUCAAAUCGAGAGUAAGAACCAGCUCCUCCGCCGGAUUCGGACCCUCCGCCUCGAGUACGGCCAAAAGGAAGACGGUACGAGCUAUCUCGACAUUAUGGUGGAGCCACUCCACUACCGGAACAUGGGCAUCCUCAAUCGCGCGGUAGACACCAUCUACCAAGGCCUGGGCGAGGCUUUGCGGAUCUCGAGGAGCCUCACCAUGCUCCAAGGGAGCAAGACGCGCUUCCCCGCCCUGACCCACCUCGCCGUUUGCUCGGUCUUCGGCGGUCACGAGUCUCUUUGGGACGGGGUCACCUAUCGGGACAACGGCUUCGUCUUCUGCGACAACGGACGGGGUGACGGUACCCAACCUCCCGUGGCCGACCUGGUUCUCAUGUGCCAACAGUCCGCCAUGCUCAUUUUCCGCGCCUCCCCGCUCCUCCACUACUGCCAGCGUACCGCCUUCGGUCCCUUCGCUCUUCCUGCAGCUUUCGAUUGGGACGACUCCUUUCCGGCUACACAUUCCAAGAAAUACCCCGGAGCGCGAAACCUCAAAGGUCUACCCAACACUGCGUUCCCUCCUGCCGCCUCGAUCCCCCUCUUCACAUCACACGUCCGCUGUAUCGUCAACGUCAGCAUCCGGGCUUCUCCAAAGUACCCCACCCGCUGGCUGCUGGAGAACUCGGAUCGGAAGGAGUACACGACGAAUUAUCUAGUGCACAACUUUAUGUGCAAAGUUGACGACUUGCACGCGACGAUCCUGGACGCCGGAUUCGAGGGCUACGCCGUCGACAUCGACGCAUAUAUCAGCAGCCAUCGCUAUACACCGGGAGGCCUUCCUCGUCAGUGGCCGGCGGAUGCCAAGUCCAUCCUUAAGUCAAAGAACAGCGCAGAGGGCGUAGUUCUCGACAAGAUCCGCAAGCGUAUCGUCAAGAGGGACCGCGAGGCGGGUUUGCCUGAUAACGAAGGCAUCUCGUCUUGGCGGCCGUCGACGGAGAGUCCGAAGUGCGAGGCGUGUGGAUGGGAGUUCGAGGACGCGGCUUAG